GUGUCGCCCAGUCGGCACUGAAAUAUGCUUUUACUUUUUAUUAUUUGCGUUUAGAAUACAUUUUGGUUUAAUUUAGUCAUUGUUUUUAUACGGUCAAACUUAAGUUUUCAUGUUGUGCGAGUUUCUGCUCAUAGAUGAUCAUCCUCUGGCAUUACUGCCAGCGACAAAUUGUAUUCAUCUCUUUAGGGUCAUCGACAACUGCACCCUUUUCUGUUCAAUCGUGUGUUUGAAAAAUGACAGGAGAAAAGAUCCGCUCCCUCCGUAAGGAUCACAAACCAGGCAAGGAUGAGGAUUUACUGGAACCAGACGAAGAGGCUGCAACUGGGACGUUCACUUCGUCCACCAGGACAAGCAACAGAAGCAAAGCUAAGAUCUUUAGCAAUCACAAGAUAAUCAAGUCCACAUCAACCCAACAUAAUAAUCAACAACAGUCACAGAUUAAUGCAAAUACCAACUCCGUUACUAACACGGAUACAAUAGAUGACAAAAACAAAAACCCAGUUAUUCGAAUCGGAGAGGCUUUUCCAGUUCAUGAAUGUGUUUUCCAUGGAGAUGUCCGACGAUUAUCGUCACUUAUUCGAACUCAGAAUAUUGCCCAGAAAGAUGUGCACGGGAACACACCUCUCCAUUUGGCCGUCAUGAUGGGACACAAAGAGUGCGCCCACUUGCUCCUGGCCCACAAUGCCCCGGUAAAGGUGAAAAACGCUCAGGGUUGGAGUCCAUUGGCUGAGGCGAUCAGCUACGGAGACCGACAAAUGAUCACCGCUUUGCUGCGGAAGCUGAAACAGCAGUCCAGAGAGAGUGUGGAGGACAAGAGGCCCCGCCUGCUCAAAGCGCUUAAAGAGCUUGGCGACUUCUAUUUAGAGCUCCACUGGGAUUUCCAAAGCUGGGUGCCUUUACUGUCACGAAUAUUGCCCUCAGAUGCUUGCAAGAUCUACAAACAGGGUAUCAAUAUUAGACUGGACACUACUCUUAUUGAUUUCACUGACAUGAAGUGCCAGAGAGGAGAUCUCAGUUUCAUAUUUAAUGGAGAUGCUGUCCCCUCAGAGUCCUUUGUGGUUCUGGACAACGAGCAAAAAGUGUAUCAGCGAAUCCACCACGAGGAGUCAGAAAUGGAAACGGAGGAAGAAGUGGACAUUUUAAUGAGCAGCGACAUCUACUCCGCCACCCUCUCCACCAAGUCCAUCACCUUCUCCCGAGCACAGACGGGUUGGCUCUUCAGGGAAGACAAAACGGAACGGGUCGGGAAUUUCUUGGCAGAUUUCUACCAAGUCAACGGCCUGGUUCUGGAGUCGCGAAAACGGCGGGAGCAUCUGAGCGAGGAGGACAUUCUGAGGAACAAAGCCAUCAUGGAGAGCCUGAGCAAAGGAGGAAACCUCAUUGAGCAGAACUUUGAGCCGGUCAGACGCCAGUCCCUGACGGCCCCUGCUCCAAACACUAUCUCCUGGGAGGAGUACAUCACUGCUGAAAACGGCAAAGCACCUCAUCUAGGAAGAGAGCUGGUGUGCAAAGAGAGCAAGAAAAAUUUCAAAGCGACUAUAGCCAUGAGUCAAGACUUCCCGCUGGGCAUUGAGUCGUUGUUAAAUGUUUUGGAAGUGAUUGCACCCUUCAAGCACUUUAAUAAACUUCGAGAAUUUGUUCAGAUGAAACUUCCACCUGGAUUCCCAGUCAAAUUAGACAUCCCCGUGUUCCCAACCAUAACAGCGACUGUAACUUUUCAAGAGUUCCGCUACGAUGAAUUUGAUGACUCUAUUUUCACCAUACCCACUGACUACAAAGAAGACCCUAGUCGUUUUCCAGACCUCUGAACUCUCCCAGCCUCCUUGGGCAUCUCCCUCACUUUCGGAAGGAACUGAUAUGUGUGCACCUCACUGGAAGACAUUCGUGUAAUGCACCCUGUGAGCUAAAGAAAUCAACACGGGGAGUAAACGAAGGCCGUUAAACUUUCGUAUAGAAAACGCGGCGUGCAAAACUGACAUAAAGGGAUCGUGCUGAGGCCGAGAAGCGAAGCACUGAAUUUACUGUAUUUGUAACGUUUUUUGACAACGAACAAAUAUUUCCAUUGUGUCUGGAUUAAGAUGUACUAAAAGCAUAAUUUAAUACUAACAGAAGCACUGCGUUUUAAAAACUAAGUACUUAACGGACCCCCGCACCAGUCAGUCGCCUACUUGCUGGUUUUGUAUUCGAAACACAACGAUACGGAAGGAAGACAACCCUAAAUCAAAAUUUAGCUCCAAAACUGGCAGACCGAGAGGCAUUAUAAAUUAUUAUGUAAGCCUAUGUUUGAUAUAUACUUUGUGAACCAUGUUAUGACUUGUAUACUUCAUAUUAAGGUUAUGGGCGGAUGUAUAUUUGAGAAAACGAAUUAUCUGUAUAUGGUCCUGAGUGUGUGAUGAAAGCCGUCAUGUACUACGACGUAGCCUGUAUGGCUUUUCCAUUGAUCUUUUCUGCAAGUGUAAAUACGUUGAUUUUUUUCCCCCUUGUCUUUUAUGUUCACGUUUUGUCAGUCUUUCUUUGGAAAGUUUGGGAAAAGGGGGAAAAUGUACUCUGAUACAGAGUGGGUCUCUAGUUUAAAGUAUGCAAAAUGACAGUGUGAACGGGAACUAAGGCUUCGGUCACCAACAGUGCUAGUAAUGGUGUGUCACUAUGUACCGACAGUACUGUUCUGUUAUUCUGGUUGGCUAAUUUAGCUCUCUAGUGUUGUAAAUUCAACACCCAUGUACCCUCUCCAGGGUCUUAGCCCUACGUAGAAUGGGAACAAACUAGUGUGCCGCCGAUGGAGAACUAUGUGAACGUGGUGCAUAUGUGUCGCCAUGUAAGAGAAGUGAAGAACCCGUCUUCGUUUUCAAGCCCUGGUUAUAGUGGCAAGUCCUAUGUUUUUCCAUCUGCUAACGUAAUUAAUAAUUCAGCUACUUUAGUGUAGGAAUGGAACACAUUUCUAUUAGUCGGUAGGCUUCUGUGAGAAGGGUUGCCACUCCGUCUCGCACUUGGUGUACUGGAAAGGAAUUGAGGGCAUUGUAUUGAUUUGUGCGCUUUUGAAUUAAACCGUGCAGGGCUUUGUUCGUGAGGGGAGCGAAUAAUGUUCAAUGGAAACGUUUUCGUAAGUUUAGUUUCACUUUGAUUUAUGUAUUUUCACCGGUUUAAUCAGAAUGUCUUGUUUAAUUCGACAAGGCAUAAGAAAUGAGUAAGCGUACUUCUGCUAAAUUGACAGCAUACAUAUUAUGCAAGUAACCAACUGACUGGAACUUCAUUAAUUAAACAGACAUAACAUGGCAGUAUGUUUCCGUUGUGUGCUGGAUGAGAACGAACUUGAUCAGUAAGCACCAGCAAAAAAGGAAAAAAAAAAGUGGUUCCUAACGCGAAACACACUAUAUUUCUAUACCGUUUUUAACCCGCCAUUGUUGCCUCUCUGGCUCUGCUUAUGUUGCCUCCGUAUCUCCUUAUUGGUAAAUGUAGCAACUCUACGCGUGCGUUUCCCUCUUAAACGGCCCUGUUUCACAGUCUUUUAUUUAUCUGCUUGGUGUCUGUUUUGGUUCUUCACUGCCCCCCCUCCCCCUUUUUUUGUCUCUUUUAAUCUGAUUUACUUGUCAUUGCAUCAUCAUGCUUCUUGUAAAGUAGGAGACCCUGUAAAAACCUACCACACAAUUUUCACAAGAACUGGUACAUAAUAAAAUA